CCAACAAAAAACAAGAGAUUAGAGUGUUUCCGCGAGAGAGAAACCCUAGCCUCGCCGCCGCCCUCGUCUGCCGCCGUUGCCUCGCCGUCCGCUCGCCGCAUCUCCGCCGUAUGUAAGUUAACCCAACCCUACCAGUCAUCUCAUCACCGCAUUUCGAACUUCUUAACCAAAUCAUUCGAAACCUUGGCCGAUCAAGCCGUGCGAUCAGAGUUCUAGGUUUAGAAACUUUGAUUUAGGGUUUUGAUCCAUUCACCAUGCCGAGACAUAACGAUGAAGAAGCAGAUGUAUGUUUAAGAUGUGGAGAACUUGGACAUGACAUGAUCUUGUGCAAGUAUGACUACUCUCAGGAAGAUUUGAAGGAUAUCAAAUGCUAUGUCUGUAAAAGCUUAGGCCAUCUCUGUUGUAUCGAACCUUGUCAUUCACCGUCAUGGACUUUAUCUUGCUACAGAUGUGGUCAACUGGGUCAUACUGGACUGGCAUGUGGUAGACACUACGAUGAUUCUGUCAGUCCAUCAUGCUUUAAGUGUGCGGGAGAAGGGCAUUCUAAGUGUCACUGCCCUGAUUCUUCUAGCAUAGGCAGUAGGGAAGAAGGACAUUUCUCACGUGAAUGCCCGAAUCCUUCAUCGAGCAUAAGCGAGUCAAAGAGCAGAGUGUCUCGCCGUUUAUGCUACAAAUGUAAAGGAAGAGGACAUUAUGCUCGUGAAUGCCCCAUUUCUUCACUUGAUAAAUGGAAUAUAUAUGGCAUCUAAUAAGAAACUUCCACUUAUCAUUGCAGUGCAUCGACCAAAUUACUAAGCCAGUCAUUUUAUUGACUCUUUAAGUCUUUUUCCAGUUCCGACCACCAAAAAAAAGUCUUUUACCAGUUUAGAUAGUAUCAAUUUGUAUAUCUCUCUCUCAAUAAAUUUAGGGAUCCUACAUUCUGAAAUUGUUUAGGGAUCCUGCAUUCUGAAAUUGUUUAGGGAUCCUGCAUUCUGUAAUUGCAGUUUAAGCAAGGUGUGUGGAGUAGCAUCUGGAACAGCUCUUGGGUGGUUAUUUCUCUAAACUUUGUAGGCUGCUGUAGUUUUUCUUGUCUGUGUCGUCUUUCUUCAGUCUCUUUUCUUUUGUAAUGACCUUUGGAUGUUAAUAUAAAUCCAUCUGUUGACCAAAAAAAAGUAUUUUUGA